AAUGACAGUACAGCCAGUACACCAGCUGCAACCCCAAAACCUGAAUCAACUCCCAAAAAACGAGUAGUUGCUGGCGGCACUGUUGUUGAAGAUCUGAAAGUGGGCCAUGGACCGGAAGCUAAACCAGGCAAAAUGGCAUCAGUAUAUUACAUUGGUACAUUGGCAAAGACGAGCAAGAGGUUUGAUUCUUGUACAGAAGGCAAGCCCUUUAGAUUCAGACUAAACCAAGGGGAGGUGAUCAAGGGCUGGGACAAUGGUGUUCUUGGUAUGAAAGUUGGCGGGAAACGCAGGAUUACAGUGCCAGCAAAUCAAGGAUAUGGAAAUGUAAAGCAAGGUCCAAUUCCUCCUAACUCAACUCUUGUCUUUGAAGUGGAGCUGAAAGCAGUCAGUUAA